AUGGAUUUAAUAGAACAUCGUCAAAUAUUAAAUAAUGAAUUACAUCAUAUCACCAAUGAAUAUAAUGAAUUUAAGCAAACAAUUAAUGAACAAAAACAAAAUCCACAAAAUCAUUCAUUAAUAAAACAAAUUGAUUAUUGGGAAAGAAAUUCAAUUGAGAAAAUUCAACAAAAAGCACAAGAGUACAGAGAAAUUGUCAUUAAAUCAUCACAAAAAUAUAUUAAUGAUACUGAAAUGAAAUUUAAUAACUUGAAUGAACAAAUAAAACAAUUUGUGAGGCGUGUAUCCUCUAAUGAAAUGCGAAGUGUGAAGAUGAUCCUAACUCCCACAGUCGAUCCCGUUUAUUGAAAAACAGUUGGCUUAUAUAGAUGACAGUGAACAAAGACACACUAUCUUCACAUGGAAUAUUCCCUUUUCGCUUGUCAUCACCUAGGGAAGAUUC